CGCACUCACACGGUGAGCAGGUGGAGGAGAGGUACCCACAGCAUUACCGGCUACUCUCAAAAGUCUACUUGUUGAUUCGCCUCCAGGAGGGGUGGACAGGGCGGACUGGACAUGCUGAUAUUUCUGUAAAAGACUUAGAUUUUUCACCAUGUCGCCACGCAGCUCAUGAUGCCUCCAUCAGCUCCCAGCAGAGCACCGGAGACCAGGACAGACUUAAGUUUUUACGCGUUUACUCUUGAAAUGUUGCUGAUGUGCGUCCAUGAGGUGAAUCGGGAUAAACGAGAGACACCCACAGGAUGAACUGAGGAGAGACCCUGAUGCGGUCAGCUGCAGGACCAUGUCUACUUAAUCUGCCGGACUGUAUCUCCCAGGCUUGUAAAGUGACCGAGUGACUUGUGUGAAGAUGAUCAAAGCGGGGGCUCGGUCGGCCACCUCGCUGCCGCCGGAUACCAUGGACAUCAUCCGCAGUAAGACCCACACCCGCCGCGUGAGACUCAACGUCGGCGGCCUCCUCCACGAAGUCCUGUGGAGGACGCUGGACAGGCUGCCCCGCACCAGACUGGGCAAACUGAGAGACUGCAACACCCACGACUCUAUCAUGGAGAUAUGCGACGACUACAGCUUGGAUACCAACGAGUACUUUUUCGACAGACACCCCGGCGCCUUCACCUCCAUCCUCAACUUCUACCGCACCGGGAAGUUGCACAUGAUGGAGGAGAUGUGCGCCCUCUCCUUCAGUCAGGAGCUGGACUUCUGGGGCAUCGAUGAGAUCUACCUGGAGUCCUGCUGCCAGGCCAGGUACCACCAAAAGAAGGAGCAGAUGAACGAGGAGCUGAAAAGAGAGGCGGAGAACAUGAGGGAGAGGGAUGGAGAGGAGUUUACAACCACGUGUUGUUCAGAGAAGAGGAAGAAACUCUGGGACCUCCUGGAGAAGCCGAGCUCGUCGUUUGCUGCUAAGAUCCUGGCAAUCGUCUCCAUCCUCUUCAUUGUGUUGUCAACCAUUGCCUUGUCUCUGAACACCCUUCCAGAGCUGCAGGACACAGAUGAGUUUGGUCAGUCCACAGACAACCCACAGCUGGCCCACGUGGAAGCUGUGUGUAUUGCCUGGUUUACCAUGGAGUACCUGCUUCGCUUCCUCUCCUCCCCCAACAAGUGGAAGUUCUUUAAGGGUCCUCUAAAUAUCAUCGACCUGCUGGCCAUCCUGCCCUACUACGUCACCAUCUUCCUGACAGAAUCCAACAAGAGUGUGCUACAAUUUCAGAACGUCCGUCGUGUGGUUCAGAUUUUCAGGAUCAUGCGGAUCUUGCGUAUUCUAAAGCUGGCUCGUCACUCCACAGGUCUCCAGUCACUGGGCUUCACUCUCAGAAGGAGCUAUAACGAGUUGGGCCUGCUGAUCCUUUUCUUGGCCAUGGGCAUCAUGAUAUUCUCCAGUCUGGUGUUCUUUGCAGAAAAGGAUGAAGAGGACACCAAGUUCAAAAGUAUCCCAGCUUCCUUCUGGUGGGCUACUAUUACUAUGACAACAGUAGGCUAUGGAGAUAUCUACCCCAAAACUUUACUGGGAAAGAUAGUUGGAGGUUUGUGCUGCAUUGCCGGGGUGCUGGUGAUAGCCCUACCUAUCCCCAUCAUCGUCAAUAAUUUCUCUGAGUUCUACAAAGAGCAGAAGAGGCAGGAGAAAGCCAUCAAAAGAAGGGAAGCUCUGGAGAGGGCAAAAAGAAAUGGUAGCAUUGUUUCUAUGAACAUUAAAGAUGCAUUUGGCCGCAGUGUAGAGCUCAUGGACAUAAUGGUGGAAAAUACUGGUGAAAAGAAGGAAAAGGUGCAUGAUAAUCACGUGUCUCCUGGUCUGCAGAGAGGGCCACCCAAACUCAAGUCACAGAAAAGCCCCAGCAGCCCCGCCAAGACCCUUGAAUCAGGCUACCAAGAGCAGGCCAAGCCCUCCAGCAGCCCUCAGCAUCUUAGCGCACAGAAACUGGAGGAGGUGUACAACAAGAUGGCCAAGGUCCAAUCACACCCCGACCUCAACAGCAAAGAAAAAGAGCCACCAUCCAAGGCAGUUAGGCAGAAAGCUGAAUUAGAGAUGGGAAGCAUACCUGCUGAAGCCAUCUCGAACAAAGCAGAGGUAGUUUCAGACAUGAGGAGCAUGUCCAGCAUUGACAGCUUCAUCAGCUGUGCGACUGACUUUCCUGAGAGCUCUCGCUUUUCCCACAGCCCCAUCAGCAACAUGCCAGGGAAGGUCAGCACUAACCCCAGCCUGGAGCCCACCUUGGAGAAUGAGAAUGAAGGAUCCCAGGGCACCACUACACCCCUGACAGGACGUAGCGCCAAGCCCGACCCAUAUUCUGACAGCCCCAGGGGUGUACGCUUCAACAACCCACUCAAAAGCCACUCGCUCAAGGUCAACUUCAGAUGUGGGGAGGAUUCAGGGACAGGGGCCCUCUCAGACAGCUCGUCAGUCCAGAGCCCCGAGGUGUCCGUCUACACAACUGCCAGCAGCAGGACACCCAGCAAGAGCCCGGAGAAUUUACUGCCCAGCGCCCUCUUCACAUUCCACGAUGCAUCCAUCAGUAAAUUUAUUGACGCUGACACGGAUGAAGAGGAGCAUCUGCACGAUGGCUCAGGCGCCAACCCAUCCCAAAGACUCCUGGAGAGAUCCAGCCCCAAGUUUGGCCCUCACUCCAGCUUCCAACAAGGGGCCAACCACAUGGAGGGCCUGCAGAGGAAGCUGGGGAACAACACACUGCCGCUGGAAGGGCAGGAGAACCAUGUGGCUCAGGAACUACAGCCACUUCAGGGAGACAAGAGUCACUCUAAUGCUUAAACUUACAAUAAGGGAGAGACCACGGAGGAAGUGGAAAGGGAAAUAUAGAAGCACAGUGACUUAGCAAAACUGAACUUACAAAAAAUAUGAAAGGCACUGAAAACACUUGUGAACAUUGAAAGAAUUACAAAAUGACUUGCUUCUCUAUGGAAGUAGUUGUUGGCAGCGGGGAAGAUUUUUUCGCUCUUGAACUUUUUCCUGCCAAUGACUCUUAAGUUAAUUAACUCAGUAGAGGACUCUGAUCUAAGAGGUUUUAAAAAUGGCGAGGAAUGCCCGUCUGAUAGUUUUUACUAUUUAUACAUUUGUUCUAGUCCAGAUCAUCAUAUAAUAAUUACAGCCUAGUCAUAAGAGUAUAGGAUAUCAUUUUUAUAAGCAAAAACCUAUUUUUCUGACAUCCCUGGAGACCACUUUAAAGCCACUAUAGCAAAAGCUGACCAAUCAGUAGCAAACCACAGAGGGCAUUGAAACAUGGCACUGCAAAAUGGGAAACUCAUUCAGCUGAGAUAGUUCUAAUAACAUGUGAAGGAGGAACUUACAUUUUUCUUUAAGUCAUUGGUUACACAGCGUAAAAUUACGGCCUUACAUAGGCAAGAGUGUGUUGGGAAAAUGUAUAGUUUGCUUUCUUGGACUUCCUUCCUCAAAACUGGCCUUAGUUGAUGUUGUCACCCUUGUUUUAUGUUUGUGUUUGUAUGAGUGGGACAGAGAGAUAUACAUAGACAUACAUAUAUACAGUAUAUUUAUUGUAGCGUUCUUGAUCUCUUGAAGUGUGAGCUUGAGGAGAAUCGAGUAUUUCAGUUUAGCGUCUUGCUCAUCCAUAUUUUUUUACUGCACAGAACACAUUUAGACAACACAGAGAGAGAUACUGUGAGGCUACGUCCAUCGAUUUCCUUUUUGUUCCUGUUGUGCCCGACUGCUGGCAAGAAAGAGCACCUUAACGUGAUAAUUAUUUUUCUUAUGAACACAGGGAAGAAAAAAAAACCUCUUUAUUCCUUUAUUCUUGUUUGUAUCGGUGUUUGUAUUGCUGUAAUCAGAGUUUGAAUUUGGAGGAAAUCAAAAAGUCUUAUGUGUUAUUUCAAAAACUUUCUCAAAGGUGUUUCGAAAGGAGCCGUCAUUCCUAUUGUAGCUGAAAAUCCGAACUUCAUAUUAAACAACA